CGUCUGUUCCUGCAGGAGGAGCGGUAAUUCCAGUCUGGCGAACGCGCGCGACCCCCGCUAUCCUGCACGCGGCGAUGACGGAGAUGAUUAUUUUUUUCCUAAAACGUGGACAGUGACGGAGAUGUGCAAAAGUAGAGCGAAAGGGGAUUGGUGAUUAUCGUUUGAAAAGCGUGAUUCGAGUGUUACGCGGUGAUUUGUCCGCAGUCGUCACGCCGUUGUUUCCGCUCUUUUUGGCAGUUUUUCUUUAUUCUGCAUCGAUAUUAAAAUUCUUGCACGUGGUGAAAAAUAUCGCCUUACUUUUUUGGGAGAGUGAAAAGUUCGAAGUGGUGUUAUACCGGCGAAUUACUGCAGCUACCAUCUCUGUUAACUAAUCCAACGUCAUAUCGAGGGGAAAGCUUUGUCGGCAGCCAGUGAAGUGGGAAACCUAAUUGUUAUGCUAACGAGACGUUGCCGGGUCAAAGAGUGAGCGAUUAAUCCUUCAGUGGGGCACCGUAUCACGUGUCACGACUCUCGAUCGUCGCUAUUUAAGCCUAAUUCCUUUGAUCAGAGCGAACGUGGACCUUGUAUAACACAGACGGGGAGAGUUAUAUAAUCUUGCGAAAGUAAUAAGGGAUUUAGAAAAAUGUCAGUGCAACGCGCAGAGUCAUUCGUCUCGGUGAAGAGUAGGCGAAGGAUACUUCUUUGCCAGGAUACGUUUCGCGAGGAGACGGCGUAACGACGUACGCUCAAAUUGCCAAUCGCCCCGCACGAUACGUCCAUCAAUUAUCGCUCGCCCUCGGGCGCAGCGUUGCGGAAUACCACCGAGUGGCAACUAGUGGUCGGGAUGUCCGACAAGGAAUUCGGUUUGUUCGGUUGAGCGCGAGUGCACCUGGAGCACGACACAUGGUGCAUCAAGCUGCAGCGCCAAAUGAAUGACAAUUGGGGAAAGAAUCGACAGAAAAAUAUGGCCGUCCUGAGGGUGACUUUUGCGCUACUGGGAGCGACGGCUUACAUAUUUCACGGAGAACCGUCCGGUUCCGGAGUUGGUGCCAUAGCUGGAACCAGCCCACAGAACGCGGUGGGGGAUACCCAGAAGUUGACUCACUAUACGGAGAAGACGUACUUUCCAGACGUUUCGCCCAAAAAUGUGACAGCAAUUGCGGGUCAGUCCGUCGUGUUGCGUUGUCAAGUCAAGCAUCCUGGCGAGCGAACGGUGUCCUGGAUGCGCAAGCGGGAUCUCCACAUCCUGACUUCCUCGAUCUUCACCUACACCACUGACCAGAGGUUCGCCGUUAUUCAUCCGGAGGCCUCCGAUGAUUGGGACCUUGAAAUAGAAUAUGUUCAGCAGAGAGAUGCCGGGAUUUACGAGUGCCAGGUGAACACUGAGCCCAAGAUCCACUUGGCCAUUAUGCUCAACGUUCAAGACGCUCAAGCCAAGAUUUGGGGUCCUGAGGAAGUUUACGUUAAGAAGGGAAGCACCAUCAGCUUGACGUGUACCGUCAACGUGCAAGCCGCCCCGCCAAGCAGCGUCUUGUGGUAUCAUGCCGGUGUCGUGAUUGAUUUUGACGGCCCUAGGGGUGGAGUAUCCUUGGUUACGGAGAAGUCGGAGACUGGCACAACGAGUAAACUGUUGGUUACCAGGGCCGAGUUGAGUGACAGCGGGAACUAUUCGUGCGUGCCGAAGAACGCAGCUUCCGCGAGCGUCGUCGUCCACGUUCUGAACGGUGAGCAUCCGGCCGCCAUGCAGCACGGUGGGGGCUGCGGAAUUACGCCGAAACUUCUCCUCGCCCUACUCACGCCCUUCGUUGGGAAUAUGCUGAGAUGAGCGAUCCGGGGGUAAACCGACCGUAAUUCUCGCCGUCAGCUCGAUUGAAACCAAUUGAAAUCCAAUCGACCUGAACCGAAGCUACGUGACUCGGUGUGUACAGUGUACCAAAGUGUAUAUUCAAAUGAUUGUGAUUAACGGCAAAUUGCACGGAAGGUGUCUGCCACCGUGAUUUAGGAGGUUCGCGUGGCGGUGACUUAGCGAUGCUAAUGAAACCCUAUUAAACUUUAACGAACCCGCAGAUCGGACAGUGAUAAAAAAAAGAGAGAGGAGAAAUAAUAAGGAAAAAAAACUGUUCAUUGUUUACCGGUAAUCAAAAGUGCGUGCAAAUCCGAGGGACGAUGGAGAUCAGUAAUUAUACACAGAUAUGAUAGUUUGCACGCGAGCCAGUGAAAUAUUAUACAUAGGUAUAUGUAUAUCAACGAUCAACGGAAGAGUCCGUUUUAAAUCGAAUUUUUUCAUUUUAUUUCACCUUUCUUUCUCCUUGUUAUUCCCAGUGUAAAAUUUAUAU